UGAGGACGAGCGUACUCACUUGUUAGUGAACGCCGUGGUUUCUCCUCUCCAUUUUAUGAAAAGUACAACUUUUGAAGAAAGAAAUUAUAGAGACAAAAGAUUAAGACCUUGCCUAUUUCGAAAUAUGUGCAUCGUUUCUCUGUUGUACAGGAGGACGUAGGAAUCAAGCUGAAACGAGUAGAAGAACUGCUGCGACUACAGCAGAAAAGCAGUCUUCUUACCCUAGAAGUUGCGCGUAGAGGUGGACGUGAAGUGAGCAGCACUUCUCUGCAGAAGUAGGCAAGGAGAUCUUGUUAUAAACAAGCGCCACAGCCGAAGUCGUUGUAAAUGAUGCCAUCACGACGAAGCCAAUUACGUCUGAAUCAAAGGGAGCAGGAUCAACAUCAUGUCAGACUAUAACAGUAAAGGAGAAGAAAACGGCGAGCCUUCUGGUGAAGAUACCAACAAGAAGAGGAGAUCCAAGAAGAGAGCUAGUUCCGCUUUUCCAAAUAGAGAAGUGCGUUAUGAAGAGCUGACACCCCCUAAGAGGCAGCCGGUUCGUCUCUUUUUGGAUGAACAUCCUGGAUGCAACCGAGACUACCUCAAUGCCAAGGCCAGCACGGCUGCCUUUAUUGGAGGAGGAAGAGGCGAGUGGCAAGUUUUAUGAUCAUGAUAGGUCCCGUCACAACAGAUCUUCGUCGAGAUAUUUUCAAUCACAUGAUGAUAAUAUUGUCGUUGCUAAUGGUCGCGCUAGCUCGAAAUAGAAGACUGGUAAUGGUAUUGUUUUGAAAAAUAAUAGUAGUAGAGUUUUUACUUCUGUAUGUCCCAGCACAGUGAGUCAAAAGCGCUAACUCAAAGCGAGAAGGAGAAGAGACCGCGGUCACCCGAAUGGACAAUCGAUGAAAAUCGUGGUCAAUGGCACAUGCUGACUUCGCAUCCUGGGGUCCAUAAGAUAUCAGCUCACGCAAAUACACCACCAUUCUACGCUCCGCUCUUCCGGCCGGGAGUUGCGUACUUCUACCUUAGACUAGAGAUACAAGAUCUUGAUCUUCAUCAUUUUGUGGUUUUGGAAGAUUGUAGUUCAUCAGAAAAUCAUUUCAUCGUCACAACUGUCAACAUUGUUCGGAUUUUUGUGUGGUCCCGUCCGCUCGAGCUUUUCAUGAACUACAUGGCGUCAUCCAUCUUCUAGAGCAACUACAACUACUUCUUUCUACUAGAACAACUCGCUUAUGAUUUAUUCAUCGAAAUAACUAUUUUAUUAUUAUUUUACCACUUAUUAAUUAUUCGAAAUAACUAUUGUACCAGUCUGGAGCAUUUGUGUGGCGACUUCGGUGGUUGCGAUUCUGGUGUAGCUUCUAGGGGCUUGCAAGUUUUUCGAUCCAAUAAGGCGCCGCGCCAUUUUCGUCCCUGGAGGACGACUAGGGAUCAGUGGCGUGCCAAUCCAGGUUGUGCCGGAAAGGAAACCGCAACACGUACGAGCUCUCUAUUAAGAACAAGAACCAAGCACGAGGACUUAAAGUUCAAAGUUGAUGAUUUUCGUAGAUCAUGGUAAUACUGAUUGAUGUUGAUCAACAUUCACGUUCACGACCUUGCAUAAAAGCUUGUACGCGACCUAUUUUUAGACUUGUUUUCACUGAUAUAUUUCUACCACCACUAGUAGCCCAAGUACUCAUGUUCAUCUAACUCUUGCGCGCGAGAGCAGCAACAAGAUCAGCAGCGGCAGCCACCAUGUUCAGUAUGAUAUUGCCGGAGCCACGACCGGAGCCAACGUCAACAACAAUAACAUCCUGCUUCAAGGUGCGGGAGGUGGUAGGAGUCAGCAAAGAGCUGCAAGGAAACCUUUGCUGCGUUACAGGAAGAAUAUAGAGGGUGUACACCGUGUCCUGCGAGCGACAUCACGAUCAGCAAUCACGGGUGGAGGUGAGGACAUUCACGUUUCUGAUGGUCAAAAUCACUGGACGAGGAGGUGAAAACGCACCCAAUCGGUUUGGUCAGAGGUAGGAGUGAAAAAAUGCUGACGAGGAACAUCCACUUCAGCACGCCCUCGACAUGGUGAGGGCGAAGAUACAACUAGGGUACAACUAGUUGUUAAGAAGAGGUGAGAGCUGCACAAGAACCUGAGGAGGAGGACUCGGACUCCUGGUAUGGGACUCGGACUCCUGGUAUGAAAUCUAGUAUGACUUCUGAACUGAAGCAACCUUUUACAUCACGAUCGGGAGGUGUCACCAGGUUGGGGGCUUGAGGAAUCGC